AUGGUAAAUGGCGUGGGCUAUGCAUCCUCUUGGCGUGCGUGUGCCGCGCACUGGAUUGCGUAUCCCAUUUAUUUCCUUAUUGCCCUCGCGCUUCUGUCGGUUUGCGUGGAUGGGGAUGAGAUGUCGGAGGUGAUGGGGAAGCUCUUGCGCUACGCCCACGUCAAAACGGUCUUCGACUUGGACGUUGGGGAAGGGGGGGAAGGAUUCUCCAGCACGCGGUACGUGUUGUGUGGAAGGGCGAACGCCACGACGCCGUUGCGUAAGCAGAUCCCACACGAACUAAGGAAGGAAGAGGAGAGGGCAUCCACCGCGAUGUACGAUAGUGAUGCCUUCCUCCAACUGGCAUCCGUCCUCUGCGGCGUUGACGUGACGGCUGACGCUGUUUUUCAUCGGGAAGUGGUGUGGAAUACGCUGCUCGCGCCGGGCGUCAUGUCAGAAGAGGAGUGGGGGGCGGGGCUUCGCGAUUUGAGCCCCGAGGAGGUGGCGUUCAACCUCAUGUUUCGCUGCGCAUCGUUUAUCUGCAAGGACGCCGUCGACAACGAAGAGAUGGGGGAAGGAAAGGUCCUCUACGGCGGCCUCAGCCCAGCCUUUCCGUGCGGUACCUCCAGCAACGACACGCUUCUCCUCCUUUUCACGCCCUGGUCGCCCGUCGUCGUGCAGAGCGACGCCAUGAACCUGAACUACAUGGAUGGCGUAUCGCAGAGGCUGCUGGAGCAGACGUUUUGCGUGAACAUUAGGCAUUCGAACUGCCAGGCGUCUAGUCGAUGCCUCUUACGGCUUACCGACUCGCGGGCGCACCUGCCUCGCUCGACCCCCUCCCUUUGGCAUGGCGAUGGGGGCCUUCAUCUGCCCGUCCACGUCGCGAUCUGCGGCCACGACACCUCGGAUGUGGUCUCGACGAAAACCGCGAAUCUACUCUCGGUAGACUAUACUCUGCUCUUGACGACGACGCAAAACACCUUCGGCAGCGAAGACGUCCGGAUGAUGUUCCCAAAGGAGCUCAUUCUCUCGAUCCUGGGAUGGCUCAGCAACCAAAAAGGGGGCGGUGGCAGCCUUCUCGAUAGUUUAAACGCCGGGGAAAAUGGGCCGUGUUGGUGGCGCCGAAAUAACAGCGCGAGGGCUACCUACGGUGAUGGCGUCUACAUGGAAUGCUACCUUCCCUCGCAAUUGAUCGGAAGAAUGCCGCCGCUGGAGCUCACGAUUCGACAGGAUCACGUGCUGCGGUCGAUCGACUCCAACAACCACAACGUACCCUGCACCUUCACCGUCGAUCUCAAUCACCUUCUUCACAAAGAUUUGGUGAAGGGGAAAUACUCGCUGGAUCGACCGGAGGUCGCGCUGCGCAUCUACUCCUCCGGCUCCUACAGCGAGGCGAUCGAGCAGGUGCGCUCAGGCGAAUACCACGAACCUCCGAUCGUGUUGUGGAUGAGCGCUCUGGCAGGGGCUACGUACGGCUUCACACGCAACGUUACAGAAGGCGGGGAAAGAACGGUUCUCGACCACCUGAUCGGCCUUCCUAUGCUUUACCUGGGCGCGCAUAGACACGUGGAAGAUGCCAGAAACAAUCUCAAACUAGGAUCCCAAGAGCCUCGGGUAUGCGUGCCGGCGAAGACCUGCAAACUGGACUUUUUCUACUAUAAGUCCCUCAACCUGUGCGUGAAUUUAGACCAUAAGGGCUCCUUUAUCUACGACUUCCAUACCGAAACGCUGACUUCUUCCUUGAAUAAAAGGAUCGUGAUCUUGGUCUUGGUGAUGGGGGCGCUUAUAAUUCUUGGGGAGGUGGUGCUACUGUGUUUACGUAGGCACGUAAAUCGAGCGAAGAAACGCCACAUGAAACUCAUAGCGCAAGUUCAAGGUGGAACGAAUGGUGUGAGCGAACCGUGUGGUUUCCCUGCAUAA